UGAAACUAUUGUGGUAUAAUUAUUAAUCAGUCUUUUCUUUGUAAAAUAUUCUAUUAUUUCCACUUGUGUCAGGACCAGGUAAAAUUGUAAAACCCAGCUAAUUUCACAGUUCUUCAAUGGAGAUCAACUAGAAGUUUAUCUUUCUAGAAUGGUAGACCCAGAUGAUUCAGACCGGUUUAUAAUACAAUUAAAUCAAUCUUUAUUUAUUUAUUCAUAUGUUUAACCCACUGUCACCACAAUUGUCUUUGGGACAUUAUGCUGUGAAUUCUCAUGUUGUGUUGAACCCAGAAGAUUACUUUAAGACAUGUACUAAAUGUGUUUCAGAGUCAGUACAGCAAAACUGAAAAAAAAAAAAAAAUGUAAUGUGUGCUGGUUAUAUUACAAUUUGUGUUUACACAAAAUCUUGACAAGAUUUGCUCUGUACUUUUCUUAAGUAACUUUUUUGUCCUCCUCCUGACGAUAUUGAUUAACUGUGGUUGAUUGAAUGAGUUUGACUGAUAAUAAGCAGCAAGACUGGAAUGUGAAUGUGAAAUCUUUAAAAGUAGAAAACAUGUCAGUUUGUAGAAGUCAUAUCAACGAUUGCCGUAAAGUCAAAGCAGACAGUCUUUUUCUAACAGUGGUACUAAAUAUUUUUUGAGAAUAUCUGUACUGAAGUUUUUACAACGUGCUCUAAUUUCAGAGUCUUGCAUUAGAUAACGUCAAUCAAAUGAGAGUAGACUCUGGUAAAUAUUCCGCGUUAUAGCAGAUCUGGCUGCAGAAAGACUGCACAUUUGCAGCGGGCGAGACAGACACUUAAACACAGAGACGAGAGGAUGUGUCAACGAACUAAAAUGAAAAAAGCUAAAAGCAUAUAACGUUAUAUCAUAAAUUGUAAGCACAUUCCAAAAAGUUAUUUUACAGGUAAUCACCUUUUUUUUUCAGGAAAUCGAACCGGCAUGAGAAACAUUCACUCUUAUGUAACUUACAUCUCUGCACCUCACGGACACGAACUUAACACAAAACCUGACAAAACACUCGCAGUUAGUAAUUUCUAAAUGUGUUCACCACCAAUCAUAUUCUGAGUAAAAUUAUCAGCAAAAAUGUUUUCCCAGUGUAGUUCAAGGGAAAAGCAACCCAACCUACCAUCUCUGUCGCUCGAAGAAUAAAUGGCGUCGUCGCUUCGAGAGGCAGCAGUCACUGAAGGGUGGAGUCCAGAAAAUUCGAAAAUUAUUUUAGUGUAAAAGUUCAAUUACACUGAACAUGAGUAGUUUUACACUAACUAUCUGGGGAUUAAUCACUUUUAACGCUGCUAAUAUUACACUGCUGAUUUUACUGUGUGUGACUUGACAUAGAUUAUUAUUAUCAAGUUAAGGAGUUCAUUUUUAAAAUAAGUUUGGUUUAUGUGAUGCUAUAAAAACAGGAGUGUGAGGUCAUGAUUGACAGCUGAGACUGACAGCGUUGCUGAGCGAACAGAGGCACCAAUGGACUUCAUCAGGAUCUUCAGGAAGAAAUUGGAGUUGUACUUACCUUAUUUUAACACAAGCCUCUUAUAUGAAAAAUCAGCAGUCAAAAAUUAGACCAGUCAGGUUAAUUUAAAAAAGUGUCAAGAGUGAGAGUGUGUUUGCAAUUGACAGGAGUGUGGGCGGGACACGGCUCCACUUCACUCUCUACUGCACAGACUUUGGUACCAAUUCAGUGUAAUAUGGCUGCGCCCUAUUGGGACAUCGGCUUCACUUUUCUUCAGUGGAAGUGAAUGAAGGUCCUUCGUCCAUCUUUUUUUACAGUCUAUGGUUCAGACACCUUAUCAAAGUGAUUUUUGCAUAAUAGGUCACCUUUAAAAUUAAAGGAAUUUUAAUUGUAGGCAGGAAAAAAUGCCUCUGUAUGUCCUUUAUAUGAAUAUAAUUUAAAGGGUAAGUUCACCCAAAAAUGAAAAGUAGGCUCCGUUUUUCAGACUCCGUAAGAGUGGUGGCCGCCCUAGCAUAAAUGAACUCUUUUAAAGAACAUUUCCAGGCGCCAGACAAGAUUAAUCAAAUCAAAAAAUUUAAGUUAACCCAGGAUAGCCAAAAAAAGAAAUCACCUCUUACAAUAAUAAUAAUAAUAAAACAGUCUAAGGAAUAAUUCACAAGGGAAAUUUAUUUCAUAAUGUCCAUGAGAAAGAAAAACUUGUUUGAAAGCACACAGCAUGCGAUCAAGCGGUGAACUAAACCUUUAAUAUUGUUAAUCUAUAUCACACAAAGAGUGCAGUUUUUUUAUCGAGAUAUCAGCAGGAUAACAAAUGUAAUAUUAACAUUGCAACUUAUAUUUUAUAUAAACAGUAGGCCUAUUGCCUGUUUUUGCUCUAUUUUGCCAACUAAAAUAGUUACACUAAGAUCCCGGCACUGUUUUGCGUUUCUGAGCAAUGCACAGGAUGAUGUUUCCUUAUUGGAUGAAUCUGCUUUUUGAAUGAAUCAGUUGAAUUAAUGAUUCAGUCACUCACUCAUUAACAGAAUCAAAUGCUUAGUUCCUGAAUGAAUCAGCCAUUUGAAUGAAAAAGUUUUUAAUUUCACAUUUCAACAAUUUUUUUAUGUUUUAAAUAAUUUCAAAUAUGUGUAAUGUUAUUCAGCAUUUUAUGUUUAAAAUAAAGCAUUAUUUAUGCAUUUGGAACUGCAGGUACCCAAAGAUACGAAAUGGAUCUUGAACUUUCAUGCUUUACGUCAAAUGUUCCUCACAGGGGUGACCUUUGUAUCUGAUGAUGCAACCACAGCCUAUUUCUGAUAUCAUUUUGAAGUCAAUCAGGACAAUCCGAUGGAUUUCAUUGCUCUGAUUUGAUUUGUUGUUUUAUUGGAUGAAUGACAUUCACAGUUCUUCCUCUGGAGUGGUACAACCCAACGGUGUUAGGUUGCUAAGAGGCACACAGCAGGUAGAGUUAAUAAUUAGCUGACAUUUAUGAUUAGCGAGAUUGCCUAAACAGAGCUUCUGGACAUGGGGCUGGACAUGUAUGAGCAAAGACAUUGUCUCCUUCCCAGAUGAACAACCCAAGGUUCGAAGUUCAGUAAUCAAACCAAGUGCAAAUGGACUCCAAUAGGACAGAAAGAAGUAGACAAGCUACAUGUCUAUGGACUGAAGAGAGAGAGACUGAUGAUCUUGAGGCUUCAUCAGAUAUCACAAAAGCGUUUCUCAAAAGUGAUGAGAUCUCAGCCGCUGCUGCUUCACCUGUCACAAACACCUGUUCCUCAGAAUCCCCACUGGUGACUCCAACAACGCCAAUCUCUCCACCCUUUACCAGUGACUCUCCCGAUUUUGUAGUGGCCAGGAAAAGGGCAGGUCGCUCCAAACCCCGGCCGGUGUCUGACUAUGGCCAGCUGGCCAGCUCAAAGUACUGCAUCCCAGAGGAGAACAGGGAGUCUGAGACUAUGGACUACACUUCCCAGAAGGACUACAAUACCAAUGGCAGCUACACAGAGAGUAACAGACCUGAGAAUGGUCAAACAGAGAGCAGAAAGAGACGUCCCAUCUCUGAUAUUGGAGGAGUGGAUCUGUUUUCAUCACCCACUGCUGAGCAGAAGGACGACAUUGAGAGCUUGCCUUCUCCGGUAUCUCGUCCUCCAGUUCCAUCUCACAGAGUGGCUCCAUACCAGGCCGUGUCUGCCCGCCUGAGACCCUGCGUCUUCUCCCAGAGCACACCUAUUGGUCUGGAUCGGAUGGGGCAGCACAAAAUGCGCAGAGUGCUCAGCGAUGGGAGCUCUGAUCCAAUGCUUGAUGACUGUGUGAGUGAGGAGGACGGCAGCUUUGAAGAACUGACUGAAGGAACACCAUACCUCCAACCAGAAGUCGACCUUUACACUCUCAAUCAGUAUAUACAGUCAGGUCAUGCCGUGUAUGCAGAGGCUCUGUGGGACCAUGUCACAAUGGAAGAGCAGGAGCUGGCUUUCACAGCCGGGGAUGUGAUCCGGGUUCUGGAUGUGGGGGAGCAGGACUGGUGGUGGGGGGCAGUGGGUGACCAUCAGGCCUGGUUUCCCUCCAGCUUUGUGCGAGUUCGGGUGAAUCAAGGGGAUUCCAGCAGUGAUAGUGUGGAAAUCACACUGGAUGCAGAUGAAUCUGUCCAAUCAGAUGCACAUAAACAAAACUCACAGCACAGACAGCAGAUGAGAGCCAAUGUGGUCAAAGAGAUCAUGGACACAGAGCGCGUUUACAUCAAACACCUCAAAGACAUCUGUGAGGGAUAUAUCCGUCAGUGUAGAAAGCACCCUGGCAUGUUUACUGAUGCACAGCUAAAAACAAUCUUCAGCAACAUUGAGGACAUCUACAGGUUCCAGAGACAGUUUCUCAAGGACCUAGAAAAGAAAUACAACACUGAAAACCCUCAUCUCAGUGAGAUUGGCUCCUGCUUCCUUCAACAGGAGGAUGGUUUCUCCAUAUAUUCUGAAUACUGUAACACACAUCCAGUGGCAUGCGCUGAAUUGCAGCGAUUGAUGAAACAAAGCAGAUAUAAACACUUCUUCGAAGCCUGUCGUCUCUUACAGCAGAUGAUCGAUAUCUCCAUAGCUGGCUUCCUACUCACACCUGUACAGAAGAUUUGUAAAUACCCUCUUCAGCUGGGAGAGCUUUUGAAAUACACACCCAAAGACCACAGUGAUUACCCAGGGAUGUGUGCUGCACAUAAAGCCAUGAAGAAUGUGGCAAGUCUGAUAAAUGAGAGAAAAAGGCGACUUGAGAGCAUCGACACCAUCGCUCACUGGCAGGUGGCCAUCCUCCACUGGGCGGGUGAUGAUGUGUUAACACGAAGCUCUGAGCUCAUCCACUCCGGCGAGUUAAUGCGGAUAGUGCGGCCCGGUAAGACGCAGCAACGCAGCUACUUCCUGUUUGACCACCAGCUGGUGUUCUGUAAGAAAGACGUCCUGCGGAGAGACCUGCUACACUAUCGUGGUCGUAUGGACACUGACCUACUCGAGCCACUCGACCUGCCUGAUGGACGGCACGCUCAGCUGGGCCUCCUGAAGAACGCAUUUCUCCUGCGGCAUGUAGAGAACCUGAAUGUCCUGUGUGUGUUGUGCUGCAAAAAAGGCCAGGACAAGCAACGAUGGCUGCAAGCGUUUGCACGAGAGCGCAGACGGGUACAGGAAGACCAAGAGAUGGGGAUGGAGAUUACUGAGGCCCAGAGGAAGCAAGCAGUUCACAACGCCAGGAAAUCUAAACACGGAAAAAUGAAAAAAAUGAAUUAUUCCGAUCAUCCUAUGCCUCCUCAGCAUCAGCCGCUACAUCCUCUCCAUCAGCGACAUGUGACUGUGCCAACCAGCAUCCCCCAGCAGCAGGUCUUCUCUUUAGCAGAGCCAAAGAAGAAGCCAUCUCACCUGUUGUACACACUUGCACGCAGUGCCCUCUUCAGGAAAUGAAAUAGUGUUUUACAUUGUGCCGAUGAGAUCCAUAAAUAAUGAAAUAUUACUGGACUACACUUCUGCUAUGUCACACAUGUGUAUAUUUAUAUACAUAUAAGUAGGUAUGUGUGUACAAAUGACAUAUGUGCCUCAGUAUAAAUGGUCAUUAUUGAGCCUCAGUGUGGAAAGUGUUAGUUUUAUUUAAAAAAUUUUGUCUUGUCAUUUUACUGAUAUUGUCAAAUGCUGCUUCCCAUUGGGUUUCACUCAUCCGUCACCUCACCUAAAUGUAUGUCUUUUAUGACAAAGACUUGUGUUCUGCUUUUUCACUACAUGUCUGUAUGAUUGUAUUGCUUUAGGCUGGAGCCUUGUAAAAUGUAAAAACAGAAUUUUUUUUUUUUAAGUUUCGGUUGUCUCUAUGGUAUAAAGAGGCUGAAUGCAUGCCACAAGUGUGAGUAAUUCAUGCUGCUAGACCCCUCCAUGUUCCCGACAAAACAACACGAGUCACUUUCGUUGUUGUUAUUGCAAAAUCACAAUAUUGUGGGAUAUCCUUCAAAUAAAGAAAAAAAGUAUA